CAUUCAACAGUAUUUAUUGAGUGCUUACUAAGUGUAGAGCACUGAACUAAGCGCUUGGAAUGUGCGAUAUAAAAGGCAAACUCCAGCACUGGGUGAUGGGUUUAAACCUCAGUGGGAGAAGAGCAUCACUGCUCAAGCCAGGUCAGGUGAUGAUUGUGAAAAGGAAGCUUUUUUUACCCUCUCCAGAAGCAGAUUCGGUUGCAGAAAUGGUGUUCCCCUCCUUUCUGCUCAUUUUAAUUUUUGGCAACAGGGAGUUUUAUUUGAAAGUUACAGGGGUAAGCAAGAUAGAAUGGCAACUCCAUUAAUUCCUUGGCAAGCUCCCUUGUAUUUUUCUCUCAUCUCUACCUCUCAGCCAGUUGUACAUCCACUAAUGGAGCAGGAAGGUUAGAUGAUUUAUAGCAGAAUCUCAAGCCGGUGUGGAGACUUUGACAGGCGGAGAGAACAGGGAAGAGUGGAGGUGUUCGUGGCUCCAGCUCAUGUUUAUUUAUGCAUCUCGGUGUUUUCUAGGAUGGUCUUGAUUCUCUGAUCCAGAUCGGACGAGGGGCCAGCAGCUUUGACCAUGUGGACUGCUGAUGAGAUUGCCCAUCUGUGUUACGCCCACUACAGCUCCAAGCUGCCUAAACAGGGAAAGCCUCAGCCAAAGCGUGAAUGGACCUUGCUGGCAGCCGUGAUUAAGGUGAACUCUGCCGCAGAGAGUGCUUGCUGCCCCAGGGACGAGCCCUUCCCAGCGAUUAAGGAAGUUGUGGCAAUGGGAACAGGAACCAAAUGCAUCGGCCAGUCCAAGAUGAGGAAAGACGGAGACAUUCUCAAUGACAGUCAUGCAGAGGUCAUAGCCAAGAGGAGUUUUCAGAGGUACCUUCUCCAUCAGCUCGAAGCAGCCACCCUGCAACAGGACAGCAUCUUCAUCCCAGGGACGGAGGUGGGGAAGUGGAAACUCAAACCAGACCUGUCUUUUGUGUUUUUCUCCAGCCACACCCCCUGCGGAGAUGCUUCCAUCAUCCCGAUGCUAGACGUCGAGGACCAGCCCUGCCCGCUGGUCACCGGUGAAGAGGCCAUCAACCGGUCAGCGGAGAUGAGUAGAGGUCCCGAAACACUGGGAAACAAAAGGAAACAAGAAGACUCCCCCAACCGUUCCGUUACCAAGAGGUCGCGAACCGAGCCUUCAGACUCUCCCAAUGGCUCCACCCGACAGCGGGAGACUGAGAAACAAGAAAGUUUCCACGGUCCUCCAGGCUCCGGCCGCUUUGCCACCGCUGUAAACGGACCAAGCGGGGAAGAAGCGAUUUCUGCGAAGGCGGCCCCGCCCGGAACCAAAGUGGUGGACGUGCACAGGACCGGAGCCAAGUGUGUGCCGGGAGAAGCGGGAGACCCUCGGAGCCCCGGGGUCGGGUACCACCGGGUGGGAUUGCUCCGCGUGAAGCCUGGCCGGGGGGACAGGACCUGCUCCAUGUCCUGCAGCGACAAGCUAGCUCGCUGGAACGUGCUCGGGUGUCAGGGAGCCCUCCUCAUGCACCUCCUGCAGGAUCCCGUGUACCUGGCCGCGGUGGUCAUAGGCAAGUGCCCCUACAGUCCCGAAGCUGUGCGGAGAGCGGUGAUAGACAGGUGUCGGCAUGUCUCGCCUUUGCCAGAUGGUUUCCGGGUGCAAGAGCCGCAAAUCCUGCAAUCCGAUCUGUUGUUCGAACACAGCCGCUCUGCGGUCCGGGCCAAAGGGACAGACGGCACGGGGAAACUCAUUCCCUGUGGGGCGGCUAUCAGCUGGAGUGCAGUUCUUGAACAGCCUCUGGAUGUCACCUCUAAUGGUUUCAGGCAAGGAGCGACGAAAAAAGCAAUUGGAAGUCUACAGGCCAGAUCCAAAAUCUGCAAGGCAGAACUCUUUGGCGCAUUUCAAAAGCUGGUGGGCAGCAUAUCAGAGGACAAGCAGCCAGCAUCCCUCAGGGCAAAGAAGCUGGAGACAUACUGGGACUAUAAGGAGGCCGCUAGCGGUUAUCAAGAAACCUGGAAGGCACUGCAGAGGCAGGCGUUUGGUUGCUGGAUCAAGAAUCCACCAGAGUAUCAGCAGUUUAAAUAACGAGGUUUGGAGAAACCUUUCCCAAAAGAGCAUACGCCGAUCGUGACUCUCCUGCGGACCCAGGGCCGGUUCUGACUUUUCCAGCGGCUCAAUCAGACCUUCAACCGGAACGUCUCACAAGUAUAAAUAGGGUACUUAUUAAGCGUCUCUUAGGUGUCAAGCGCCGGAGUCGACGCAAGAUAAUUAGGACGUGGUCUCUGUUUCACACAGGGCUUACUAUCUCAGAGGAAGGGCAGGUGUCUUAUCCCCAUUUUACAGAUGAGGAAACCGAGGCACAGGUUAAAAGCAUCCUCGUCUGCUCCCUUCUCCCCCUUCCCCGACACGUCAUUCCCAGAGCUGACCCAAAGCAGAGCAUCACUGCGGCAGUAAGUCAUCAGUUCACAGGCUCAACUAGGAGCACGUUACUUAUCAAUAAAUUUGAGAAUUUA